AUGGCGCAGACAGAAGCUCUCGCUGCAACUCUAGCUGAGCUAAACCUGAAUGCACAGGGUCUCAGCGGGCCAGCUUUUGAUGAGCGACUUGCAGAAGAACAAAGUGGGCAAUAUCAGAAUCGGGGUCCUCGGCCAAGAGCCCGCCAAAAUGCCGAAGAUCUUAUUAAAGAGCUGGAGGCUGACUUCCUUACUCCAUCAUCUCAAUUUAGCCCUGAGUGGCUGAAUCGUCUACAAAGACGAUGGGAUGUGUCGACAGACUACAAGGACCUUUUUGAGGUCGCACCAACCCAAACACGAACUAUUGUUCGUUUCGACCGCGAAGGGCUAGAAGGGCGUGUUACUGGCUACCAUGAAGUUACGGUUCCUGCCACCAGUACAAAUGCAAAGAACUCAACAUCUCUGCUUCGUCGACCAGCUGGUCGCGCAGAUUUCGUCAGGGGCGCCGCUGGGUUCUUUCCCUUCGCACCAGGUGGACUUGAUGGUGUUGAGGCUAUUGCUGAAUUGGAAUCUGAAGCCCAGACAGCAGAUGGCUCGAGACCGGGCGGCAAGCAAUCUGGCCUUGACCGGAUCAUUAACUUCGGUGCUGAGGGUGGCCUCCUAGAAGUCGCUCCAGGGUUCAGUCGUGGCCUUAAAUUCGAGGUAGCAAAAUCAAAAGAAGCUGCUGAGAAUGAUCAAGAAGUCGAACAUGUCCUCCAGCAGGAGGAAGCUGACCUCCCAGUUGAAAAGGACGACACGGCUUCAGAUGUUGGAGGAGUGAAGAUUGAAGACGACGAGCUGAGCGGAGAUGAGGAAGAUAUAGAUUCAUUACUGCCGGUUGAGUUCCCAGCACUGGAACCCCGUGCUCCUCUGUUAUCAGCUGUCCAGAAGAAGGGUGGCAGGGAAUGGGCGCAUGUUGUGGAUGUUAACAAAGACAUUCCCAAUUUCAGCGAGCUUGUACCGGAUAUGGCCAGAGAGUGGCCCUUUGAACUGGACACUUUCCAGAAAGAGGCUGUCUACCAUUUGGAGAGCGGUGAUUCCGUUUUUGUCGCGGCACAUACGUCAGCUGGAAAGACAGUUGUUGCUGAAUAUGCUAUUGCUUUGGCUGCCAAGCAUAUGACCAAGGCUAUCUAUACAUCUCCCAUCAAGGCUCUCAGUAAUCAGAAGUUUAGGGAUUUUAGGACUACAUUUGACGAUGUUGGUAUCCUUACGGGUGAUGUCCAGAUCAAUCCAGAGGCAAGCUGCCUGAUCAUGACCACUGAAAUCCUCCGAAGUAUGCUUUACCGUGGAGCAGAUCUGAUCAGAGAUGUCGAGUUUGUGAUCUUUGACGAGGUACAUUAUGUCAAUGAUCUCGAAAGAGGUGUCGUUUGGGAAGAAGUGAUCAUCAUGCUUCCUGAACAUGUCACACUGAUUCUUCUAUCUGCUACGGUCCCUAACACCUAUGAAUUUGCCUCUUGGGUUGGUCGCACGAAGAAGAAGGAUAUCUAUGUUAUUUCGACUGCGAAACGACCUGUUCCACUCGAGCACUACUUGUGGGCUGGUAAAGAUAAGUUCAAAAUCGUUGACUCAAAUAAGCGAUUCCUCGAAGGCGGUUGGAAAGAAGCAGAUAACGUUAUCUCUGGCAGAGAUAAGAUCAAGGCCCAAAAAGCUGCCGAGGCUCAGGCUCAGUCCCAAGCUCAGAGAGGCGGCCAGCAGGGAAGAGGCCGCGGCCAAGCUCCUGGCAGAGGGGGCCCUCGCGGCAAUUCGCAGCGUGGAGGUGCCCAACGCGGGGGUGGUGCUCAGCGUGGUAGAGGGCAGCCAGCCAAUAGGGGCACCGGGAACAUUGCUCGUACAGGAAGAGGUGGUGGACGGACAACAGCUGCACAGGAUAAGACUGUCUGGGUACAACUUGUCCAACAUCUCCGCAAAGAAAAUCUGCUCCCUGGUUGUAUUUUCGUGUUCUCCAAGAAAAGAUGCGAGGAGAAUGCCGAUUCACUCUCAAACCAGGAUUUCUGUAAUGCAUCGGAAAAAAGUCUUACCCACAUGUUUAUCGAAAAGUCACUUACCCGUCUGAAGCCCGAAGAUAGGACGCUCCCACAGAUACUUCGUCUUCGCGACUUGCUAAGCAGAGGAAUUGCUGUUCAUCAUGGAGGUCUUCUGCCUAUUAUGAAAGAGAUUGUUGAGAUCCUGUUCGCAAAAUCAUUGGUUAAGGUGCUUUUCGCAACGGAGACCUUUGCUAUGGGACUGAAUCUGCCAACUCGUACGGUGGUUUUCUCAGGGUUCCGCAAACACGAUGGUAAAGGAUUCAGGGACCUGCUACCGGGUGAAUAUACCCAGAUGGCUGGCCGUGCUGGGCGAAGAGGCCUUGAUACUGUCGGCUAUGUGAUCAUUACUAGCACUGGUAAAGACGAAGCGCCUCCUGCCGGUGCUUUGAAGCGGAUGAUCCUUGGUGAACCAACCAAGCUUCGAUCCCAAUUUAGGCUUACUUACAAUAUGAUCCUGAACCUUUUGCGUGUUGAGGCUUUAAGGAUUGAAGAGAUGAUCAAGCGCAGUUUUAGUGAAAAUGCCACGCAGGCUUUGCUUCCAGAGCAUGAGAAGCAGGUUCAACUAUCAGAAGCCAGCUUGGCUAAGAUCAAGCGUGAACCGUGCGAUAUCUGUGACAUUGAUCUCGUGGCUUGUCAUAAUGCAGCUAUGGAGUACGGAAAACUAACAAGUGAGCUGUAUGUUGGGUUGCUCGCCUCUCCCGUUGGUAAACGUCUCUUUGUGCCCAAGCGGCUGGUGGUUUACAGAAAGGAUGGUUAUCGGACGGCUGGCAUUAUCGUCCGGGAAGGGGUUGGAGGAGGGCCCACGCCCACCGUACAGAUUCUCGAAAUCGGCAAACUAGGUGGCAGACGUCAUCCAAGUGAUAUACUUCCCUUCCUUUCUAAAUUCCGACAUCUGUUCCAGACUCUACCAACCCGUGGAGCUGAUAUGACCUUGAAAGUUUGCAAGAUACCGCUCUCCGAUCUGGAGUGUCUCACCAAUACCAUGGUGAAGUUGACAGGUCCAACAUGGUAUCUCAAUAUCAAGAAGGAGGCCAUUAAAUAUGCCGAUAAAGAGCUGCACAAAUACUGCGCAUCAUGGACGAGUACCGCUUGGGACGAAAUAGAUUGGACUCGAAUCAAGGAACUGCAGGUGAGGGACAUACUAGAAAAGCGACAAGCUCAGGCAACAAUUGCCGAGUCCUGCAAAUGCUUGCAAUGCCCGGACUUCUUGAAACAUGUAAGUGAGCACUCUGUUUCCGAAAAGCGGAUUAAACAUGCUUACAUCAAGCAGUUCGAGAUGCAACACGAUGAAUGGCAAGUCAAAGAGAAUAUUUCGCAGCUGAAGCAAUUGAUGUCCGAUCAAAACCUUCAGCUUUUGCCGGAUUAUGAGCAACGUAUCCAGGUACUGAGAGAACUAGGGUUCAUAGAUGAACAGUCUCGUGUACAGCUCAAAGGCAAGGUAGCAUGUGAGAUUCACUCAGCUGAUGAGCUUGUCUUGACGGAAUUGGUCCUCGAGAACGUCUUAGCUGAAUACGAGCCUGAGGAGAUUGUUGCACUUCUAUCCGCCUUUGUCUUCCAGGAAAAGACCGAGAAUGUUCCUACAUUGACACCGCGCUUGGAAAAGGGCAAGGAAGCCAUCGUUAAGAUUUCGGAGAAGGUGAACGACUUCCAAAUCCAAUACCAGGUCAUUCAGUCUAGUGAAGACAGCAAUGAUUUUGCCAGUCAACCACGAUUUGGUCUGGCGGAAGUCGUCUAUGAAUGGGCUAAGGGGAUGUCUUUCAACCGCAUCACUGAUCUCACCGAUGUGAUGGAAGGUACCAUUGUACGAACCAUUACUCGUCUGGACGAAACAUGCCGAGAAGUGAAGAACGCGGCGAAGCUGGUUGGAGAUCCGUCAUUGUAUACCAAGAUGCAACAGGCACAGGAACUGAUCAAGAGGGAUGUGAUUUUUGCGGCGUCGUUGUAUAUGUAG